AUGAGCGCUCUGAACCUGAACAACCUCUUCGACGUCAAGGACAAAGUCGUCGUCAUCACGGGCGGCGGUCGCGGUAUCGGCAAGAUGAUGGCCGACGGCUUCGUGCAGAACGGAGCCAAAGUCUACAUCGCCUCCCGCCGUCUCGAGGCAUGUGAAGCCACCGCCAAGGAGCUCAACGUCAAGGGGCCUGGCAAAUGCAUCCCGCUACAAGCGAAUCUGCUGAGUGAAGCUGGUUGCAAGGAGCUGGCAGAGCAGAUCGCCCAGAAGGAGAGCAAAGUGGACGUGCUCAUCAACAAUUCGGGCGUCUCGUGGGGCGGAGACUUCGAUCACCACCCGGAAUCGGCCUGGAACAAGGUACUGACGGUCAACGUGACGUCGCCCUUCCACUUGACCAAGUUCCUGCUGCCUUUGCUGGACAAGGCGGCCACGACGUCUGAUGCAGCUCGCGUCAUCAACGUUGGAUCGGUGGCAGGCCUCAUGCCCCAGCAGAUCGAUACUAUCGCUUACGACACGUCCAAGGCCGCUAUCCACCACAUGACUCGCGUGCUGGCUGCCAAGCUGGCGCGUCGUCCUAAUGGCGGCCACAUCCUCGUGAACGCCAUUGCUCCUGGCCUCGUGCCGUCCAAGAUGUCCAAGGGCAUCUCGGUGGUUACUGGCCUCGGUAUGGAUGACCUUGCUACGGGUAUUCCUAUUCAGAGGUUCGGUCUGGACUCGGACAUGGCUGGACUUGCCAUUUUCCUGUCGUCCAAGGCGUCUGGAUGGAUCACUGGUAUGGUGAUUGCUUCGGACGGCGGUCAAGUGUACACCAUGGAGACUGGUGUGGGUCCCGCUAAGCUGUAG